CGUAACAAAAUAAAAACAAAAAUGGCCAAAUCAAUCAUCAAAUCAUCAUCACCAUCGUCAUGUUUUUCUUCAAUCAUAUUAGCGAUAAUAUGGCUGAUAGCCAUCAAUGGAUACACAUCAUUUGCAUAUGAAUUUAAAUGUCCAAAAGAUUGGAUUGAAUUCCGUGGAAAUUGUUAUCAAUUCAUUAGAUCACCAACGAAAAAUUAUGAAGAAGCAAAUGAACGUUGUUUUAUUUAUAAUGCAUAUUUAUUAUCAGUGUUAUCCACUGAUGAACAUCAAUUCAUCACCGAUUGGCUCCGGCAAAAUGAUCCAUUACAUAUGAGUUGGUAUACAUCAGCAUUAGAUACAGGAAAUAAUGCUUGGCGUUGGAAUGUACCGGCUAAUCGUUUAGGUGAUUCUUCUGGUUCAAGCUCAAUAUUUGCCGCUACAAGCAAUAUUAAUAAUGAUCUACAACAACAAACAUCGAUAUCUAUGAAUAGCCCAAUUAUUAAUCAUCAUCAUCAGAUAUCAACAAAUCAUCGUGAUCUUAAAUAUUAUUCAGUAAUUGCUGCAUUAUGGUUGCCAAUACAGCAGCAACUUGAUAAUCAACAGCAAUCACAGCAACAGCAGCAGCAACCGAAUUUAAUUGAUCCAUGGAUCAAUAAUCAACAACGUAUGAAUGGAAAAAAUGCUGUAUAUAAUUUUUCACAAACAUUAAAUCGUUGGGGUUUACUACGAGUGAAUGGAAAUGAAUAUAAUGCCUACAUAUGCAAAUUACGUAAAGAAGAUGUUAAUUUUGCCAAUGCAAUUGAACGUAAUAUCGAUUAUGGUGUUAAUGUUAUUGAUCCGGCAAAAAUUCCACGUGGUCCACGUUUCAUUCAUGAACCAAAAGAUGUUAUAUUCGAUGUUAGUGGUCGUAGUCAAUUGAAUUAUGCAACAUUGAAAUGUGUUGCAGAUGGUUAUCCAACACCGACAUAUAAAUGGUUCAAAGAAGAAUAUAUCGAUAACCAGAUACGUUCGAACCAGAUUGAUCCAUUAUCUGAUCGUCGUUAUACACAAACCGAUGGUAUAUUGAUCAUUGAUAAUCCACAAACUGAUCGUGAUCGUGGUAAAUAUCAUUGUAUUGCUGAAAAUCGUUUUGGAUCAAUCAUAUCGCAAACAGUUCAAUUAACAUUUGGUUAUAUUGGAGAGUUUACUAAAAAACGUUCACCUGAUUAUGGUCGUGAAUAUUGGGGAAAAUCAAUUUCAUGUGAUCCACCUAAACAUCAUAUUUCUGUCAGUUAUCAUUGGUCACGUGAUUCAUUUGAAUACAUUAUCGAAGAUGAUCGUCGUACGUUCGUAUCAAGAGAUGGAAAUCUUUAUUUUUCUUCAUUAGAAAAAAUUGAUCGUGCCAAUUAUUCUUGUAAUGUAAAAUCAUCAAUUGCAUCAAGUGGACGUACUGGUCCAUUCUUUCCAUUGAUUGUUGAUUCAGCAUCAUCAUCGCAGAAAUUAUUGUUUCCGAAUCAUUUUCCAAAAAUUUUUCCAGAAAUCAAAUUAGCCGGUUCAGAAGUACGAUUAGAAUGUAUGGCAUAUGGUUAUCCGGUACCAUAUUAUAAUUGGACCAGAGAAGGUUUAACCACACAGAUGCCUGAAGGACAUUAUCUUGCAAGUUUUAAUCGUGUAUUAAUAAUACCACAAGCAAAAGUUGAAGAUAGUGGUGAAUAUGUUUGUACAGCGACAUCUGGUAAAGAUUCUUUGCCGAAAAGUGUACAAUUAUCAAUACAAUCAUUACCGGUAAUAUUACAACAUAUUGGUAAUAAAGUUGUUGAACGUGAUCUUUCAGUAUUGACAUGGGAAUGUCAAGCAUUCGGCAUACCAUCUGUUAGUUAUACAUGGUAUAAAAAUGGUGUUGAAAUAUCCGAUCGAAAUAAAAUGACCUAUUUCUCUGAAGAAGAUCGAAAUCGUUAUGAAGUACGUGGAAAUAUGCUCCUGAUACAUGGUUUGAUUCCCGAACGUGAUGAAGGAAUGUAUCAAUGUCAAGCAACCAAUGAACUUGGAACAGCAUUCUCAAGUGGUCAGCUACGCAUCGUACAGAUGGCACCAUCAUUCCGUAAACAUCCUAUGCCCACUGAAAUGUAUGCCGCCGAAGGUGGAAAUAUAACAAUACCUUGUGUACCCGAAGCAUUACCAAUACCGGCAUUUGAAUGGCAAAAAGAUUUCAAUCGAAUAUUGAUGGAUGAUAGAAAACGUGUAUUGCCGAAUGGAUUCCUCACUAUUUCGCCGGUACAUCGUACCGAUAUGGGUGAAUAUACAUGCAUUGCACGGAAUUCACUAGGAACUGAUCGAACACGUGGUAUUCUACGUGUAUUUAAUCGGCCAAAAUUAUACAUUCGGCCAAAUCCUGUUUAUGAUCUUAAAAUUGGCCAAUCUAUUGAGCUACCAUGUAUGGCUAUUACUGAUCCACAAUUGGAUUUAGCAUAUAAAUGGCAACAUAAUGGACUUAGAAUCAUUUUCGAUAAAAUGCCACAAUAUUCAAUGGCUGGUAUCGAUGGAAAUCUACGUAUUAAUAAUCUUACAUUGGCUGAAACAGGUGAAUAUGAAUGUAUAGUACAAACGACAGUUGGAUCAACAUCAGCUACUGCGAAAAUACAAUUAUAUGCUCAUCCUGGAGCUCCGGGCGCCGUAUUAGCCGAUGAUAUAACCGCCACAUCGGUUCGUCUUCAUUGGAGUGAUGGAUCCGAUAAUGGUCGACAGAUUGUUGGCUAUCAAGUUGAAGGCAUCACUAAUCAUGAUAGCGGUUGGCAAUGGUUAGCCAAUUCAACAGAAUUACUUAAUCUAUACACUAAAAGUCAUGAUAGUGGCCGUACAAUGGUUUAUCUACGUGAUGUACUUUCGCCAUGGUCAACGUAUCGAUUUCGUGUUUCCGCCAUGAACAUUAUCGGUAUGGGUCCACCAUCAGAACCAAGUCCAUCAUAUAAUACAGAAAAAGCAGUACCAUUUAAAGCACCAAGUAAUGUUGGUGGUGGUGGUGGUAAAGCUGGUACAUUGACCAUUACAUGGGAUCCAUUGCCACCGAAAGAUUGGAACGCUCCUGACAUCUGGUAUCGAAUUUUCUACAAGCCAAAUUCUUCGUAUUAUGAACAACAGCCUUUUAUUGAUAAGAAUCUAACACAUUUAGGCAAUAUUAAUAUGUAUACAGUGAAUGUUGGUGAAGAAAAUUAUUAUCAAGCAUAUUUUGUACGAGUUCAAGCAAUGAAUUCUGUAGGUGCCGGUUCGAUAAUUAGUGAACCAACAUUAGUUUAUUCGGCAGAAAGUAUGCCACAGAUUGCACCGGCCGGUGUAAAUGCAUUGGCAUACAAUUCAACAGCAUUGAAUGUAACAUGGUCAAAAUUGGAUACAAGCCGUGAAAAGAUGCGUGGCCGUUUGAUUGGACAUCGUAUAAAAUAUUGGAAAAUGAAUCAAGAUCCACAAUAUGAUGCAUUGACAUUAUUGAAACGUGGUCCAAAUCCAUGGGGAUUGAUUGUUGGUUUAAUGCCCGAUACGGAAUAUUAUAUUGCCGUUAUGGCAUAUAAUGAAGCCGGAUCCGGACCAGAAAGUGAACCAUUCUUGGCACGUACAUUUAAGGCUGCACCACAACAACCACCAACAUCGGUAAAUGUUACCGCUAUUGAUUCUCGUUCCGUAUUGGUCACUUGGCGUGGUAUUAGUUCAUUAACAAAUGCUGAAGAACCAAUCAGUGGCUAUAAAGUACGUUAUUGGGAUAGUGAUCGACCAAUAUCACGUGCACGUGAAAUAAUCAAACCAUUAGAUGGUAGUGAUUUACGUGCCAUUAUCAGUGAUCUAAUACCGGGAAAAGUAUAUAAACUUCGUGUACUUGCAUUUAGUAAUGGUGGUGAUGGUAAAAUGUCACAACAGAUUGAAUUCAAAUUAAGCGAUGGUAUUGCGUCACCAUAUCAGAUGAAUAAUGUUGAUGGAAGCGAAAAAUUGUCACAAAUAUUGUUGACAUUAUGUUCAUCAUGGAUACUAUACAUUUUUCAUAUUUAUUCAUGAGCUUUUUAUUCUGUCCAUUUCCAGCUAUUCAAUCGAUCUAGAAAAAUCAUUUUUUUUUAUUUUGUACAUGUAUUUAUUCUCCAAUUUGAAUGUCACAGUUUUUUUUCUACUAUCAAAUCAAAGGACAAAUGGAAUGAAUGAUGACACACCAACCACAUUGAUUGAUCCUAGUCGCAGCAUAAUUUCAUGUAAUUUUUUUCAUUUUUUUUUCUUGAUGACACAUCAGUUCACACACACACACACACACUAAAUGAUUU